CGCACUAUUUGAGGCGCUGUGACCCGCCUGCCGGAAGCCGGGUGGCUGACCAUGGCGACAGUGGCGGAGCAGUGGGUGCUGGUGGAGAUGGUGCAGGCGCUGUAUGAGGCUCCAGCAUACCAUCUUAUUCUGGAAGGGAUUCUAAUACUUUGGAUAAUCAGACUGGUUUUCUCUAAAACCUACAAGUUGCAGGAGCGGUCUGAUCUUACAGCCAAGGAAAAGGAAGAACUGAUUGAAGAGUGGCAGCCAGAACCUCUCGUCCCUCCUGUCUCGAAAAACCAUCCUGCCCUCAACUACAACAUCGUUUCCGGCCCUCCAACCCACAACAUCGUGGUGAAUGGAAAAGAAUGUGUAAACUUUGCCUCCUUUAAUUUUCUUGGGUUGCUGGCCAACCCUCGGGUUAAGGCGGCAGCUUUAGCAUCUUUAAAGAAGUAUGGCGUGGGUACCUGUGGACCCCGAGGAUUUUAUGGCACGUUUGAUGUCCAUCUGGAUUUGGAAGAGCGCCUGGCAAAAUUUAUGAGGACUGAAGAAGCUAUCAUUUACUCGUAUGGAUUUUCCACCAUAGCCAGUGCGAUUCCUGCAUACUCUAAGAGAGGGGAUAUUGUUUUUGUGGACAGUGCGGCUUGCUUUGCUAUCCAGAAAGGAUUACAGGCAUCACGCAGUGACAUUAAGUUAUUUAAGCAUAAUAAUGUAGCUGACCUGGAGCGACUGCUAAAAGAACAAGAGAUUGAAGAUCAAAAGAAUCCUCGAAAGGCUCGUGUGACUCGGCGUUUCAUCGUCGUGGAAGGAUUAUAUAUGAACACUGGAACCAUCUGUCCUCUUCCAGAACUGGUUAAGUUAAAAUACAGAUAUAAAGCAAGACUCUUUCUGGAGGAAAGCCUUUCGUUUGGAGUCCUUGGAGAGCAUGGGCGAGGAGUAACCGAGCACUAUGGGAUCAGUAUUGAGGACAUCGACCUAAUCAGUGCUAACAUGGAGAACGCUCUAGCAUCUGUCGGGGGCUUCUGCUGUGGCAGGUCUUUCGUGGUUGACCAUCAGCGGCUCUCUGGCCAAGGAUACUGCUUUUCAGCUUCAUUACCUCCCCUGCUAGCUGCUGCCGCCAUCGAGGCCCUCAACAUCAUGGAGGAGAAUCCAGGCAUUUUUGCAGUUUUAAAGAAAAAAUGCCAGCACAUCCAUAGAUCUCUACAAGGCAUUUCUGGUUUAAAAGUGGUGGGGGAGCCCCUUUCCCCGGCACUUCACCUGCAGCUGGAAGAGAGCACUGGGUCUCGGGAGAAGGAUGUGAAGCUACUUCAGGAAAUCAUAAUUCAAUGCAUGAACGAGGGCAUCGCGCUGACUCAGGCACGCUACCUGGACAAGGAAGAGAAGUGCCUUCCUCCUCCAAGAGGAAGAGCUGGAGAGGGCUGCGUCCACCAUCAGGGAGGCCGCCCAGGCUGUGCUGCUGUAGGCUGCGGCCCAAUGCUUCCUGCCACAUCACCUGCAGGCAGAACCUCUCGGAGACCUCCAGCUGGCCAGGGAGUGGAGUGCUGCUGCCCGCGCUGCAGCUGCAGCUUGAGUGCGCAGCUGUAAUCAAUGGAUGGUUUUUUAUAAGAAGACAGAUGACAGCAUAGAACUGUAUUUACAUUGUGCCGUUUGGCCCGUUUGGAUGCUUUACUAUCUGCUAUUUACAUUUGUUUUCAUUUAAAGUGGAGCCUCAGUUUUCCUUCCCCCAUCUGUGGUAAUGAAUCCAUAAGCCUCCUCCGUAUUUCAUAGAAAAGGACUUAGCAGCUAAGAGGAACUCGCCAUGUACCACAGUUACUGUGGGAGAAGGAGUCAGCUGCGUCUUCCCAAGUCCCUCAGGUGGCGCUCAGUGGUGGCUGCUGUGUGGAGAACACUUUCUGCGAGUUAGAGAUUUCAUAAAGCGUAUUCGAACCCUAGAACCUUAUUGCACUAGUUACUGAAUGUUAUCAUUUCACUCUAGUCUGAGCUUCACUAACAAAAUAUUCAUAGUGCUUCCUAAGCAAUAAUCUGAAUCAAACGUUAUUUUAUUUUUGUGUAAUUGACUUUAUAUUUUUAUAUAUUCUCUGGUCGGUUUUGGGAAGAGGGUUAUUCUGGCCCCCAAAUCAUGCCCUGGGUAUUUUUGAAUAUGUCAGAUGUCCUUUUUCAUGGUGGUUUUGUCCAGGAGCAGAGAACUGUGGGCUUUUUCUAAGCUGAGAAAAACGAGAACUUCUUUUCAUCCUAUAAAUUCCAGAUGCCUCAAAAACAGGAAUGCUCUGAAAGUGACUUCCAGGCUGUACACUGGCUGCUGUUCUCCUUGGCCACCGUGGUGAAUGGUGGAAAGGCUUGUGAUGUGUGCCACGGAGCGGGUCCAUGGAAGGCCGUCACCCUUCCCUUGUUGCACAGGCAGAGGAAUCAGGUCAUUUAAACGUCGUUUUAUGAUGUGCAUUCAUGUUAACAGUGAUCAGCAUCUUUUUAAGUGAUCUGUGACAUUUUUAAUGUUUCUAUUUCAUACGUGCCUUGUGAUUGCUGCUGCUGUGAGGGUACGGUCCUGUCGGGGAUGGGUCUGUUUUGUUUUGGUUUUUAAUGAAAUAAACCUCCAAGAGCCUA